UUGCUUUUGACAGCACGAACUACGAAAAUCGCGAUACACAUAUCAUAUCGUAACUCGUCAUUGCAUUUAGUACAAUCAAUUAGUAUACGAUUGGUGAAAGUUUUUUGCAUUUUAUCCCCCAUCUGUAUAUUAUUUACGUUAUCUACCGUAUAGUGGAAAAUUGAAACCAUUAGAAUUAUGGAUUAAGCUCAGUGUAACUAUAAAUUCCAUAAACUCGCUUUUGUUGCGUUCCACAUAGUUCCAGGUUAAAUUUGUCUCGCUCAUCUUCGAGUUGCUUGCAUGCUCAUGUUUUGGGUUGAAGAAUUAUUACUUGUUUUCUUUUCCUGAACAUUUUGUAAAUUUACCCCGAUCGCAAUAUGACGUGUAAAAUCGAUUUCAGUGAGUGUUUAAAGGAUUCUCCAAAGUUCAGACUUCGUCUGGAUCAAGAGGAAGCCGACAUCGACCAUUUGGAGCAAAAGUUGGAGAAAAUCAUCAAAAUGUGCAGCCUAGCGGUGGACAGCGGCAAAGAGUACAUCCGCAAUCAGAGUGCUUUUGCCACAUCGCUAUGGGAUCUGCAGAAACACUUCCAGGACGAUAAAUCGUCCACCAAUGCGUUAGCAAAACUUAUACACUGUCUGCAGGAAAUGAACAAAUUUCACACAACCUUGUUGGACCAGGCCAACCGAACGGUGCUGAAGAACUUGACUAGCUUUCUCAAGAAGGACGUCAAGGAAGUUAAAGACUACAAGCAGAUAUUUACCAAAGUUUCGGAAAAUUUAGAUGCAGCCGUCUAUAAAAAUUCUCAAGUCAGCAAAAACCGUGCGGUCGAUAUUGUCGAAGCGGAAAACCUACUCUCAGCAACGAAAUCGUGCUUUAAUCACGCCUCUCUUGACUAUGUUAAUUAUAUCACGAUGCUACAGAAUAGGAAGCGACACGAAAUUUUAUCAACUUUGUUAAGCUACAUCCAAGCUUGCAGUACCUAUUUCCACCAGGGAUCCGAUCUGUGUGAAGAUUUCGGUGGAUUUUUCAAAACUCUUGAUGAAGAGAUCAGUGUAAUGCGAGGGGAGUACAAUCUUCUGGACAAGCAGAUGCAAAAUCGACACACGUGCGUCAGCGAGUUACAGGACGACAGAACAGAGAAAAGCUUGGUGGGCGCACAUUCCGUGGUUUCAAGUGUUUCCUCUGCCGGCGAAUCUUCCGAUCAGCGGGCCUCACAGUCUUACACCAAUCGACCGUUGAAUCACAUGGAAGGGUACUUGUUUAAGAGAACCUCGAACGCUUUUAAAACGUGGAAUCGGCGUUGGUUCUGUAUGAGAGAUAAUCAGCUGUUCUAUCGGAAAAGAACGGGCGAAGAGCUGCCAACGGUCAUGGAAGAGGAUUUGCGACUGUGUACGGUUAGAUUGCUGUCCGAUUCGGACAGGCGGUUCUGCUUCGAAGUGAUCUCGCCGACCAAGUCGCAUAUUCUGCAAGCUGACUCGGAAGCGAUGUUGCAUGCGUGGUUCAAAGCAUUGCAGAAGGGAAUCGAUUCGGCUAUUCAGUACCAUAGUCCUUACAGCAACGACAUGCGUGGUAUUCAGAGCCAAUCUCCCACAAACGAAACGAGUCCCGGCAGUCCGGGAGGUGACGGGUUUGCUGGAGGAAAUAGCGGCGAGCGAAAGAAGGGUGCUAAACGAAUCAAUUGGACUCAGAUUCUCAAGAUUCCGGGCAACUCUCGGUGCUGCGACUGUGGAAAUGCGGAUCCGAAAUGGGCAUCUAUCAACCUUGGAAUAACGCUGUGCAUCGCGUGCUCGGGAGUGCACCGUAGCUUGGGAGUGCACUACAGUAAGGUACGUUCGCUAACGUUGGAUAUGUGGGAGCCGGAGAUUCUUCGGGUUAUGAUUGAACUGGGCAACGAUGUUAUUAAUCGAGUUUACGAAGCAAAUUGCGCCAAAGUUAAUCGGUUUGAUCGAGCCACGGAUAAUUGUGAAAUAUCGGUCCGCGAAGCUUGGAUAAAGGCCAAAUAUAUCGAUCGAAUGUUCGUGCUGCCGUUGGAUAGUAGUAGCGCUUUAGGACUGGAUCCUACACCGACAAGUACUUCCUCCUCAACGCUGUCAUUCAAAAGUUUGGACAAUGAUAGCUCGAAAUAUCCGGAAAAGUGGAGUAUCAAAAAGUUGAGACGAAGGAGUUAUCGCAAGCUGCUGCGAAAGAAAAAGGAUGACGCGGAUGGCGAAACCUCAUUAAGCAGCGCACAGGCUGAUAUUGAUCCGGAUGCGGAUGAGAAAGAUGUGAACCUGAACAUUCCAAAAAAGUUUUCCGAUAUUUUACUGAUCGGAGAGAAUAUUAUCGAAAACAACCACAAUCUGACAGAUGAGAAUCUAUUACUGCUCAACUCGGACCAAGAAUCUACCAGUGGCGAAGAGGAUAACGCCAUCAUGGAGUGUGAGGAAUUUGAAAAACUAAAUCCAAAUUUUCUUCUGUACAAGGCAGCAUGCGGACAUAACUUGCCAGUAAUGUGUCAAGCAAUGGCUUUGGGAGCGGACAAGAACUGGCGGAACCCUGAUGAGCUUGACAGAACUGCUUUGCAUGCUGCAAUCCUGUCAGGUUCAGUUAUGUCCUGUGAAUUUCUACUCCUCAACGGCUGCAACAUUAAUGCAAUCGAUCGCAACGGAUAUACUGCUCUACAUUUAGCAACGGAGCACAGUUCCACCGCUCAAGCAUAUCUGCUACUCAAACAUAAGGCCAAAUAUGAUAUCGUGAGCAUCGAUGGUAAACUACCGAUUGAUAUUGCCGUUGAAAAAACCGAUGCCGACAUCGUAACACUGCUUAGAUUAGCUCAGCUGAACGACGAAAUCGGUCCCGGUGAAGACGGUGACAAUUAUUCCGGUGGAGACUCCACCUAUGCUGCUGUGAUGAACGAUUUCUCUCACCUGACUAGCAUUCAACCGCAGCGGCUGCAACGAAAUCGAUCAAACCUUACGCCAGGAGGGACACCGGCCGAUGCCAGUAUCAGUUCGAUUGCUUCGUCUUCCACUAGCAGUACCUCCACGGUUAUCCCAGCGAGAACGACAACCGUCACCGAUCUGGAUGCCGAAGGGGACGGGAACUAGGUUGUGUUUGAUUGGUUGAGUUGUGAAAUAAGCCUAUGAGCUUCCGAAACAACGCGUAGGACUGAAAAACAGUCCCUGGUGAAUCUGUACUUAUAGCAUUUAGGAAUAUGGAUCACGUGAUAUCGAUUAUGAUGCAAAAGUUUAAAAAUUAGCUAGAAAGUUUGCCGCUUCCUCAAUUCUUCAGCAGUAUUUACUGUCUCCAAGAGAUAUUUUUAGUGAUUGUUCGAUCUAUCAAAACGUUGUUUCGUUUCAGCAACAUUUUCUCACCCGAUCAUUCCACUAUAUUGCCGGAAAAUGAACCAAUCCUCCAUUUCAGUUUUAGAACAUUAUCUUUUAAAUAAUAUUUAGCCUUAAAACGCCAAACUUGCGCUAUAUAAUCUACAUAAUUUAAACAAUACUGGUUAAAGCUAGCAUCUCUAUUAUUAUAUAUUAAACCAAUGAGCACGAAAUUCUAUUGACAAUGUAAAUGAAGUCGUUGAAUAUAUUUGUUAAGUUUCACAUCCUGUUGGGAAAUCGAUUUCCAACAAAAUGCCUGCGGGAAUCUCUUGAAAAGAAAACAACUGAACCGUUAAACUAUUUAUUGAACAGUAUUUGUUCGAAUUUAUGCUUUUUAUGGAAAAAACUAUAUGUAAUAGAGGCGGGGUACA